AUGGCUUUAGUAGUUCGAAGCGUGGCGCAAUUAGCUGGAAUUUCACUCUCUCUGCUGGGAUGGGUUUUGUCCUGUCUUACAAACUACCUGCCACAAUGGAAAAACCUCAAUCUGGACUUAAACGAGAUGGAGAACUGGACCAUGGGACUCUGGCAGGUCUGUGUCGUCCAAGAGGAAGGGGGGACGCAGUGCAAGGACUUUGAAUCCUUCCUGGCUUUGCCUGCCGAACUCAGGAUCUCCAGGAUCUUAAUGUUCCUGUCCAACGGGCUGGGGCUCCUGGGCCUGCUGGCCUCCGGGUUUGGCCUGGACUGCUCGAGGGUCGGAGAGACGCGGCCAGGCCUCAAGAAGGGACUGCUGAUCCUGGGAGGGACUGUGUUCUGGGCAGCAGGCGUCGCGACCCUGGUUCCGGUCUCCUGGGUCGCCCACAUGACCGUCCAGGAGUUCUGGGAUGAGACCAUGCCAGAGAUUGUGCCCAGGUGGGAGUUUGGGGAAGCCCUCUUUCUGGGCUGGUCUGCUGGGUUUUCCCUCCUCCUGGGAGGCUGCCUGCUGAACUGCGUGGCCUGCGUUACCCAGGCAGUUCCGGCUCCGGGCCCCUAUGCGGUGGUAGAAACACAGUGUCACCGUCAGCACCUGGAGAUGAAAAAAGCCCAUCUGAAGGUCUAA